AUGGCCCUUCGGGGACAUAAAAGGACAGCUAUGGAGUGCAGGUCAAAAACAAAAACGAUGAGACUGGAUUACAAGAAGGUAGUGGCGCACAAUUCAACCUCUGGAAAUGCUCCCAUUACCUGCCCGUAUUUCAGGGAGCUUGACAGCAUUCUCCGGGGGGAUGCAAGCGUGAAACCAAAACGAGUGUCAAGAAGUCUUGGCGUUGUGUCCCUGGGGCGGCAAUUUAGAGACCCGUGUCCAGUGUCUGAUGGCUCGGAGGAGCUUUUUUCGCACGACCUCUUCACCAUAGAUCAUGGACAGAUUAGAAGCUCCACUCCAUGCCAAGUGGGUGUGAGAGAGAAUGUACCUGAGGUUGAGGCAGAGAUUGACACUGAUGCCACUGUGGAUGGCCUUGAGGACAGAGAGUCUGAUAAUCCGUGUCCUGACGGUCAAGAGGAAACAAUUAGCAACAACAGCUCCAGCACAUCUGGUCUUGGCAGCAGCAAAGAAUCACCUUUGAAAUCAGUGGCGGAGCUAUCACCUGGCACACGCCUAUCAGCCAUUAGAUCCAGAAGAAGAAGAAAUGCUGGCCUGUUUUCUGUGGCGGACAAGAUGAUGAGUCAGUCAGGGGAAGAGCACAAGGCACAGAUCAAUGAAUGGCGCAUAGACCGCAAGGAUAGCAACAAAUGGCAUGAAGAAGAAAGGAGGUUGCAAGUCGAGUUCCUAGAGGAGACCAGGAAGGAAAGAAAUGAUUUUAGGGAUGUGUGGAUGCAGAAUCUGCAUGUAAUGGAAUCUGCAGUAACCACUCUCCAAACACUUGGGGAAAUGUUGGUGAGUCAGCACCGGGGAAGGUCAGCAAAUGCUUGUGAAAAGGGUGACAGCAACUCAGAAAACAUCCCACCUAGGUCUGCCACGGCAAAACGUGCAUGCGUUGGAAGGGCUCGUGAAAGGCUGACUCUUUAGCAUUACUGGACUAAGAUGUUUCCGUUUGAAUUAAUGGUCCCGUUUCCCUAUUUUCACUGUUACACUGUUGUUUGUAUUACAUUGGAGUGUUUUUCAAUUUCACUACUUGUUUUACUCCUGACGGCCAAGACAUCAAUAAACAAGGGGAC